GUUCGGAAAAAUAUCGAUUUAUUCGGUGGCGAUCCAAAUCAGGUGACAUUAUUUGGUGAAAGUGCUGGUGCAGCAUCAGUUUCAAUGCAUUUAUUAAGUCCCAGAAGUUCGCCAUACUUUCAACGAGCAAUUAUUCAAAGCGGAAGUGUUACAGCUCCAUGGGCAAUAGAAAACAGGGAAAUAGCAAUUGCACGAUCGGUUGUUUUAUACGACGAUAUGCGGUGCGGAAAUAUGUCAAAAAAUCAGAACUGGGAUCUUGAAAAGGUGUUACGAUGCUUAAUGGAUGCACCAGCAGAAGCGCUCCGUAGUUCGGAAUGGGCACCUGUAAUGGAAUUCGCUGAUUUUCCUUGGGUUCCGGUAGUUGAUGGUGAUUUCUUGAUUGAGCAGCCGACAACAUCACUUAAACGAGGCAACUUCAAAGUUGCAGAAUUGCUUGUUGGCUCGAAUUUGGAGGAAGCAAUUUAUUUCAUUGUCUAUCAAUUGGGUGACAUUUUUCCACCGAAAGAUUUCUUCAUAAAGAAGGACUUCGUGACAAGUCGCGAGGAAUGGUUGUAUAGUAUAUCAAAUUUAUUACCUCGACAAAUGCUAAAAGCACCAUUGGCGUUAGCAUCGAUUAUACAUGAAUAUGAACCAGCUGAUCUACCAAUUAAGCCAUUCGAUUGGAUUAAUUCGCUGGAUAAAAUGCUUGGUGAUUUACAGUUCACAUGUAACAGCAAUGAAAUUGCAUUGGCCAAUAGUGUUCAUGGAGGUGAUACAUAUUAUUAUUAUUUCACGCAUCGCUCAACUCAACAAACUUGGCCCAAAUGGAUGGGUGUCAUCCAUGGAUAUGAGAUAAAUUUCAUAUUUGGUGAACCGCUUAAUACGAAGAAAUUUACAUACACUAAAGAAGAACAAGAACUGAGUAUGAGAUUCAUGCGAUAUUGGGCUAAUUUUGCUCGUACCGGAAAUCCGAAUAAAAAUCCGGAUGGGACAUAUACACCAGAUGUGUGGCCACAGUAUACACAAACAACAAUGGAAUAUAUGAAUUUAACGGUGGAAUCGGAUUAUUAUGCUGGCUCAUCACGUAUUGGUACUGGACCAAGAAGGAAACAAUGCUUGUUCUGGAAGAAAAUUUUACCAAAUUUAAUGGCUGCUAUAGCCGAUACAGGAGAUCAAGUGAUGCGCUGGAAACAGGAAAUGAACCGCUGGGAGAAUGAAUACAUUGUUGAUUGGCAGCUUCACUUCGAACAAUACAAAAAAUAUCAAACAUAUCGACAUGCCGAUUCAGAAAAUGGUCAAUGUUAA